UUUAAAGCAUUGAUUCAGUUUUAGUACAGAAGGCAAACAAUAAACACCGUUCAUUUUGACUAGGAGUUUAUACUCUGGGUCCGGAUUUAUAAUCAAAAUGUCUAGCAUGGAUAUGGAAUUUGACGACGAGGACUCAAUAACUUUCCAGAGUCAACCAAUGGGAGAGGAUUUAAUUCCUCAAACCAAGCCGUUGACAUAUGAUAUGGUUCCGAACUCGGCUGGUGGAUAUUCAUAUGAGGUCAACGACGAGACACGUUUACUGAGAUAUCUUUGUUUAGGAACAGAGGGAGGGUCUUACUAUGUGACUGGUCCAGUUUUAAAAAGAGAAAACAUACAGUGUAUUGAUAGACUGAUCAUGAAUGGGAAAGGUCCAGAGGCAGUAAAACUGAUAAGAGACGUGAGCGUAAAUGGUAGAGCCUGCAAACAAACACCAACUUUAAACGCUUUAGCCAUAUGUGCAAGAUCCAACGACCCAAAAACUAAAGCAGCUGCCUAUAGCAUAUUGCUCGAUGUUUGCAGAAUACCAACCCAUCUGUUUGAAUUUGUUAACUUAUGUGAGAAGGAAAGUGCUGGUUCGGGAUGGGGAAGAGCUCAUAGAUCUGCCAUCGGUAAGUGGUAUAACCAGUUUGAAAAAGAUCCCAAAAAGCUUGCAUUACUAACAACAAAGUACAAGGCAAGACAUGGGUGGAGCCAUAAAGAUGUAAUAAGACUGGGGCAUGUGAAACCAAGAAAUAAUCCGGUUGGUUUGGUCAUCAGAUAUAUCAUCAAGAACAUGGAAGAUGCAACAUCUAUGACACAGCAUGAUAGAAACCCAGAGAUUGCACCGGUUAAAGCUUUUCUUGACGCAGUUGAACAGGCUAAAAAGUGCACCAGAUCCGACAUUGAGAAAUUGCGCGCUUUGAUUGCUGAACAUCAAUUAGUCCGAGAGCAUGUACCUACCGAUUUGCUGGAUUCCAAAGAAGUUUGGGACACGAUGCUUCGCUUGAUGCCUAUGACAGCAAUGAUACGGAACCUUGGGAAAAUGUCAAGCCUUGAGUUGCUUGAAGUUGAUUCCUUUGGUGAAAAACUUGUGACCGAAAAGCUCAAAGACACCAGUAUCUUGAAAAGGUCUCGAAUUCAUCCAUUCACCAUUCUGAUAGCAUAUAACCAGUACAAAGCAGGUCGAGGGGACAAGGGGAAACUUUCAUGGCAGGUUAAUGAUAACAUAGUUAAAGCACUUGAGAAAGCUUUCUACGAAGCUUUUAGUUUCGUACAGCCAACUGGUAAAAAAUUCUGCCUAGCAGUAGACGUGAGUGGCUCCAUGAGACAACCAGUCAUUGGUGCGUCGUCCAUUGAAGCACGCGAUGCAUCAGCAGCAAUGAUGUUAUUAACGGCUAAAACGGAGAAAGAUUAUGAAGUUGUUGCUUUCUCAAAUGAACUGACAAGAAUGGAUAUAAGAAAAGAAGACACCUUGGAGACGGCUAUUCAGAAAUGCUCUGAUCUGCCAUUCUCAAGUACCGACUGUGCCUUGCCAAUGAAAUGGGCCAUGGAACAUAAGAAGAAGUUUGAUGUAUUCGUCGUGUACACAGAUUCUGAAACGUACUACGGAAAUAUUCACCCAGCAACUGCGUUACAACAGUACAGGAACCAUACCAAGAAUCCGGAAGCGCGGUUGAUAGUGGUCGGUAUGGUAAGCAAUGGUUUUAGCAUUGCCGAUCCCAAAGAUCCGCUAAUGAUGGAUGUCAUCGGCUUUGAUACAGAAGCUCCAAAGGCUAUGAACAAUUUCGUCAGUGGUAAAUUUUAACUUUUAUAAAGUUUCUGGUCCAUUGGCAGACUAUAUUUGUUUGUUAAUAGACGUGCCAUUUUCUGAUCGAUAUCAUAUUAUGUGUUUGUUUUAUCAUGCAUCAUACUAUUUAACAUUGAAGACUUUGAAUCACAAUUUUUUCCAUCAUAUUUUGCUUAUUAAUAUAAAGAGCCAUAUUAUGGCAUAGAAAAACAAACAUUUAAUAGCUCCAUCCAAGUAAUUUUAUUCAUGACAAAUUGACAAUAACAUUUAACGAUCUUUUACUAGAUUUGACAAUAAUAUCCGACCAACAUAUACCCAAUAUUAAUGCAUACUUCUAAAGUACAUGUAUGUCAAAAUCAUUACUUUGUACGCAAUAAGGACUGUAUUCUUAAACUACCCGGAAGAGAAAGGAGGAUGAUUGUAAAUAUAUAUCUUCUUUCGGUACUGUUUUUUUUUGUUUGUUUAUCAAAUGUAUGUACAAUGAUUAUUUAAAUUGUUACAAUAAAAAUGUUAUUAAAAUAAAAGAUUUUGUUCACCG